AUGGCAAGAGGAAGGACUCAGAGGACUCUGUUCCUGUUGACACUCUGUCUGCAAGCCUUCACUGGUCAAUGCCAAGAUUCAGGGCAGCCUUCUGACCUCAGGAUAGUUCUGGUGGGGAAGACUGGAUCAGGGAAGAGUACAACAGGAAACACAAUCCUGGGAAAAAAGGUGUUUAAAGCGGAGGCUUCUCCAGUGUCUGUGACUGCAACGUGUGAGAAACAGAGUGGAGUGGUGGAUGGGAGGAAGAUUGAUGUCAUCGACACCCCGGGGCUCUAUGACACAACAAUGUCUAAAGAUGAGAUGAAAAUUGAGAUAGAAAAGGCCAUCUACAUGUCAGUCCCAGGACCCCACGCCUUUCUGCUGGUGAUCAGACUGGGGAGGUUCACAGAGGAGAGGAACACUGUGAAAUGGAUCCAGGAGAACUUUGGAGAAGAAGCCUCAAUGUACACCAUAGUGCUGUUCACACAUGGUGAUCAACUGAAGGGGAAAUCAGUGAAGGAGUUUCUGAAACAGAGCCCAGAGCUACGGAGGCUUGUCACCAGCUGUGGAGGCAGAUAUCACUCCCUAAUUAAUGACAAGAGAAAAGACAACACUCAGGUUACAGAGCUGCUGGAAAAGAUAGAGGAGAUGGUGGAGGACAAUGGAGGACAACACUACACCAGUCUAGCCACAACAGGACUAGGGAAAUGUUAUGCUUCACCAGUAUUGGCGUCAGUAAAGGGUUUGAAUGCACUUUGGAGAUGCUAG